AUGUCCAAUGGUACAAAAGAGAGCACGGCCAAGCGCCGAGUGCUUGUAAUUGGAGCAGGAGGUGUGGGGACAAUGGUCUGUGUAGCUCUAGAGAGAUCCGGGAAAGCAGCAGUCACUGCCGUUCUACGAUCCAACUAUGAGCAGGUGGUCAAGCAUGGAUUUGAGAUCGAGUCCAUUGACCACGGAAAGCUAUCUUCCUGGAGACCGAGUGCAGUUGUCAACGCGGUCCCGCAACAAGAUCCCAAUGCCCCAUUCGACUACGUCGUCAUCACAAUGAAGAACAUCCCCGAAGUGAACAACAUCCCUAAGAUCAUAUCCCCAGCCAUAACCCCCAACCACACAACAAUCGUCCUAUUCCAAAACGGACUCUACAUCGAGCCACCCAUUCUCGAAGCCUUCCCUUCAAACGUCGUUCUCUCAGCGCCGACCUACAUCGGCGCACAUGAGCACAACGGUCACGUAACCCACACCGACCACGACAUGUUCAACAUAGGCGCCUUCCACAAUAAAUCCCUAGACGCAUCCUUCGAGCGCGCCAAGCUGGAAGAGUUCGCGGAUAUCUACAACGGCAGCGGCGUCGUCGAGGCCCAGGUCGUCGAUGAUAUCGUCCUCUAUCGCUGGCGCAAGGUGCUCUGGAAUGGAAUCUUCAAUCCUAUGUGUGCUAUCACGCAGCUGGAUAGCGCUACGGUACGGCUCUUUGGCGGCGAGCACAGUGUGAUCAGACCUGGUAUGGCGGAGAUGGUGGCUAUUGCCAAGGCUGAUGGCUAUGAGCUUGGGGAUAGCGUCAUCGAGGAGAUAAUUGAGUCUACUCCGCUCGAGUCGGCGUUCAGACCUAGUAUGCUGGUUGAUGUGGAUAAGGGGAAUCCGAUGGAGGCGGAGGUUAUUUUGGGGAAUGCUUUAAGGGUGGCCAGGGCGAAGGGGGUUGAGACGCCGAUUUUGGAUACUACAUAUCGGUUCUUGAAGCUCAUUCAGGCAAGGCUGUUGGCGGCGAGGGGAUUGAUUGUUGAGCCGAAGGAGUUGCCGACGACGGAUAUUUUGUAA